UCAGGGCUGUUUCAAAAUGAACGCUUUAAUAAUARCCGUGGCUGUGUUAGCCGCAUCAGUGACUCUAUCAGUCGUCGAAGCCACACCUGUUAACUCGUGCAAAAACCCGUCACCGACAUGUUGCACCGUGGAACCAUUUUGCGGAUCAGUCAACCAGGACUUCAACGAAGGCUGUACCUGCAGUGGUUCGUGGCAACCACGUUGCUGCUGUCCGAGUCCACAAAACUGUCCUCAACCGCGUCGAUACAAUGUGCGGCCUUGCAAACAACAACAACCGACAGCAUUCAAUCUCCCGUCUUGCAGCGCCCCCCCUAUACCAACGACACCUACCCCCUACCAGAUUGUACAAUACUCCCCGUACCCGACCACGUCCUGCCCAGACCUCCCCUCUUCAGCCCCGCGCCCCUGCCAGUGCCCCAGUCCUGCACCUGUAGAAGUUCCAGCUGCUCCACCGUCUUGCACACUACUACAACUGCCCUGUCCAUUCUGUGCAUCUCAACAGCAGCAGUCUUGUCCAUGCGGUGGUCCGUCCUCGACGGUUAACUGCCCACCCGAAUUCGCCGAUGAGUGUGUGUCGUCAUCGACCCCGUCUCUUGCGUCCCCGCAACUACCACUGCUGCCGAAAUUCAUACCCGUCGCACUGAAACCACUGUUGCUCAACGUCCCCCGGCCAUCGGUACCGUCUCGGCCUGGAUUAGGGGUGUUUGGUGGUCUUGCCCCGUCGCUGUUUUCGUCAAUAGGCUGCGGUACUCCGUCACCAUAUGGAUCAUAUAAUUUAAAAUAA